AUGUCUACGGCUGAAAAAUUCGAGGAGCUUGUGGCCCGAUUUUGGUCCUGUGAGGAGGUUGGGACAAGCAAAGGGUUUUCACCGGAGGAGACACGGUGCGAGUUGUUUUAUGCAAAUACGGUACGGCGAGAGACAGAUGGGCGGUUUACUGUUUCGCUACCGAGAAAUGUAGACGUUUUGGCGCAGUUAGGCGAGUCGAGGGACAUCGCUUUGCGACGGCUUCAUGGGACCGAACGACGGUUAGCCAGGGAUGACGGAUUACGGGAACAGUAUAUCGCGUUUAUGUCGGAGUAUCAGCAGCUUGGACACAUGCGGAAGGUAGUUGGUGAGGAAAUUAAUCCAUGUCAGCGUUGUUACCUGCCACAUCACCCAGUCAUCAAGGAGGCAAGCACAACGACUAAGGUUAGGGUGGUGUUCGAUGCCUCCUGCAAAACGAAAUCCGGAAAAUCAUUAAAUGAUUGCCUCUUGGUGGGCCCAAUAAUACAGGAUGACUUGAGGUCCAUUAUCCUACGUUGUCGAAUCAAGCAAAUCAUGCUGGUUGCGGACGUGGAAAAGAUGUUCCGCCAAAUCAAUGUACACCAAGAAGAUCGGUCACUACAAUGCAUCCUUUGGCGCGAAUCACCGUCCGAAGAGGUAUCAGUCUACGAACUAAACACGAUGACGUAUGGAACCAAAUCAGCUCCGUUUCUUGCCACGAGAACGCUGAAACAGCUAGCAAUGGAGGAGGAACAACGAUUUCCCAUCGCAGCAAGAGCCGCUAGCGAGGACACGUAUAUGGAUGACGUGUUAACAGGUACUGAUGACGUUGAAGAAGCGUUGCGACUGAGAUUCGAACUGGAAAAGAUGAUGGAAAGUGGAGGUUUUCGAUUGAGAAAGUGGGCGUCAAAUCACCCAGCUGUUCUAAGAGAUGUUCCUGAGAGUUACUUGGCAAUUCCCGACUCAACGGGCAUACGGGCAUUGGGUCUAAUAUGGAUACCUAAAAAGGAUGUUUUCAAAUUUCAUUUCACUAUGCCUCCGGUGGAACAUAGCGAGGUUCUUACGGAACGGCUUAUUUUAUCCCGAAUUGCUACUCUUUUUGACCCAGAAGGGGAUAUUGGUCCAGUAAUUACAACUGCCAAAAUAUGUAUGCAAUCCUCAUGGACAUUGAUCGAUCAAGGUGGAAAUCGGUUGGACUGGGAUCAGCCACUGUGUGCGAAAACUGGAAAAAAUAUCAACAACAACUCCCUUUGCUGA